AUGGAGAACUACCAGAAGAUUGAGAAGAUCGGAGAGGGAACGUACGGUGUCGUUUACAAGGCUCGUGAGCUCACACAUCCCAACCGUAUUGUCGCCUUGAAGAAGAUUCGAUUGGAGGCGGAAGAUGAGGGUGUUCCCAGCACGGCCAUUCGUGAAAUCUCGCUUUUGAAAGAAAUGAACGACCCGAACAUUGUGCGACUGCUGAACAUCGUUCAUGCCGACGGCCACAAGCUCUAUCUCGUUUUCGAAUUUUUGGACCUCGACCUCAAAAAGUAUAUGGAGGCUCUUCCUGUCAGUGAGGGUGGACGCGGUAAAGUCCUCCCAGAUGGCUCCAAUCUCAGCAAGAACAUGGGAUUGGGAGAUGCCAUGGUUAAGAAAUUUAUGGCCCAGUUGGUCGAGGGAAUUCGUUAUUGCCACAGCCACCGCAUCCUGCACCGUGACUUGAAGCCCCAGAACCUUUUGAUCGACCGGGAUGGUAACUUGAAAUUGGCGGAUUUCGGAUUGGCAAGAGCCUUUGGUGUUCCGCUGAGAACCUACACCCACGAGGUUGUCACAUUGUGGUACCGCUCUCCCGAGAUUCUCCUGGGCGGGCGUCAGUAUUCCACCGGUGUGGAUAUGUGGUCCGUUGGAGCUAUCUUCGCGGAAAUGUGCACCCGCAAGCCCCUGUUCCCCGGUGACUCUGAAAUCGAUGAGAUUUUCAAAAUCUUCCGACUUCUUGGCACUCCCGAUGAUCACGUCUGGCCUGGCGUCACCUCCUUCCCUGAUUACAAACCCACAUUCCCCAAGUGGAAGCGUGAAGAAACUCAUGCUCUUGUUCCUGGCCUGGAAGAGGACGGUCUUGACCUGUUGGAUUGCCUGCUGGAGUUUGAUCCAGCCCGACGGAUCUCUGCCAAGCAGGCCUGCAUGCACCCCUACUUCCAGAACGGCAGCUCAUACUACUCCGGCCGCACAUCUUCGCGAAGAAACGGCUUUCAUUAA